AUGGCCGACAAGGCCGUUUCCACUGAAGACCUUUGCGUCAAGGAAACUCCGGAGGAACGGGCCUUAGGUGUGGUGAGAUUGGAGGCCAUUCUGCACACGCUGUUCGAAAACAAGAACAGAAAAAUAAAAACGACGGAGCUCAGAACAAAAGAAAAUCUCGAAGUUCUGCAGACGGCCAAGAAAUUCGACAUUCCCUACACCGUCUUAGACAGGAUGGCUCUUAUAGGCCCCAAAGUUGGGAAUGCUCCUGCGAAGAAGCAGAAGAAGAAGAAGAAGAUCCCAAGGCUGAAGGAGGUGUUAUGCCCUAUGGGACAGUCUGCACGGAUGGCCCAUGUCCCAGCUGCAUAAUUCCACCCGACUGUUGCUGCGCCGCUGACCUAAACGUUCGCAUGCACUUCGACGACGACUAUAUUUCUUUGAAAAUCGAGGAAACUGAUGAAAUCAUAUCGGAGGAGGCGUUGCGACGCGCUAAGCGUAAACGACGCCGUCGACGUAAGCGUCGCAUGAAGCGCGCCAUCGCCAUGGGCACCUAUGAUCCAGAGGCGGCCACGCACAUUCACGACAGACGGUACAAGAAGGUACUGGACGAUGAAGACUUGCCACAACCAGCGAGGUGGACAAUUGUGGCUACCGCCUGUAUAUUACUUUUCAUGUGCCUCCUCCUCAUAGGAAUCACCCUAAGGAUGGCUCCCAUCAUUGAUGAUAUGGUUCGAAAAGAGAAUGAAGAACUGAUGAAUUCUCUAUCAAAGGGAUACAAUUUGACUGCCGUCCGUAGUUUGUCGUGACUUGUCAUUUACAUUGCACUGUCUUUUUCAAAAACUACCCUUGGUCAAUUAUACUAAUUUACCAUUUCAAAUAUAACUGUCAGGAUUGACCAAUGGUCUUUUAAGAAAGAGACAAAAUCGCGACUUGCACUGUAUACUACACAAGGUCUCCAUUCCAGUCAAAAACAAAUUAAGGAGUUUUUAAAAAUCAAACUAACUGAAUUUUUUUGGAACUUUUACCUCGUAUGUAAAAUAUACCUAAUAUAAUUUUGGUGACUUUUAUAAUAUCAUAAAACUUUCUACUAUACGGGUCUCUGUAAUGGUUGUGGUCGAAGGACUAUGUUGUAGGUUUUUUAAAAACACUCUGUAUAAUAAUGGUUCUUCUUGCAUAUUAUUUUGUCGAACAAGGAAGACCGGCGUCCCAACCCAAUUAACAACAUUAUUGCAUAUUAAUUGAUCCUACAAUAUUGAUUUUUCAUGCGAAUUUGCACUCUAAAACAAAUUCGGGUAAUAUCGCACAAUAAAUGGGCCACACUGUAUAUAAUAUACUAUAAUAAAAUAGUAUUAAUAAACACAGGUUGCUUCUGAUUUUUAUUCUACAUUACUAUAACAUUUACAUUGCUGCUUUAAAUUAAAAAUUAAAAUUGCAUUGAAUUAAAUUAUCUUAAAAUAUUAGGUAUAUAAACAUAUAUAUAUAUAUAUAUAUAUAUAUAUAUAUAUAGGGUAAACCACAUAGUUAUUGGACUCUUAAGGAAUAUUAUUUAUAAAAACAUGCAAAAAAGUAUAGUAAUUGGACAUUUUAUAUAGUAAUUGGACACAUGGACCAUAGUUAUUGGACAUACAAAUUUUAUAUAAAC